CCUGCAUAUAAUUCUGUUCCUCGCUCGCUUGCUUCUCCUUUACUUAUUUAGCUACUCGUCCUUCUCCUCUUCAUCAUCACCUCCACGACGCCUGCCUCCUCCGUUCCUCCUCGUCCUUCACGCUACUACUACAAAAGACCAGGCACAAGCAAGCAAGCACAGUCACAUCACACCACUGGAUAGCUCCCCAGCUCAGGCAAUCUGAUCUCUCGCAUAAACUAUUUCUUGGAUCCCUUGAGAGAGGAUCUAGAGCAGCAGCAGUGGGAUCUCCGCGCGCGCACCAGUUUCCAUGGGCCUCGACGUCGCGGAAAUCUCUGAAUUGGCGGCGCUCCGGCCGAUCCAGACGGCCGUGAGCGGCGCCCGGGCCACCCAAGUGCCGGGGGCGGACGAUGACCCUGCUGACACCGGCUGCGUCACACCGAGGGCGAGCGGCGCGCGACCAGCCGCUGCAGGAGGAGCGGACGACGACGACGCUGCCGCGAACACCGGCUGCGUCACACCCAAGGCAAUCGGCUCCAUGGGCAUGUUGCCCAUCGCGCCACUGCAGCAAGACGACGGCGUCGUCGUGGGCUUCACCACGCCGCAGGCCAGGGGUGGAGUAAUUGGGCCGCUAGACGGCUGCGGAGCGGGGGCCACUGCCGGCGACGAGGGCAGCUUCACCACUCCCACGACGGCCGACAGCGCGCUGGUGCCGGCCACCGUGUGCCCGCCGGCACCGCACAAGUCGGCGCCGGCUCCGACGAGGAAGCGGGCGCCGCUGCAGCAGCGGCUCUUCUUCUACCCUGUGCCGAGCGACCUGACCACCGUGUUUGUCGCCGUGCCGCAGUGCCCGCCGCCUGCCAAGAAGAUGCGGGCGCACGUGGCGGAGUCAUCCGUGCCUCUAGGCACAUGAAAGUGUGCGAGACACACGUACAUUCCUUCACUGUCUUGUAAAUGCAGUUUAGCACUUCACAUGCAUGGUGCGGAAUGCUGCAAACUGGUACCUACAAACCAAGUCAUCAGUGGCCUAUUGUAGUUGUACAUAAUUUAGAAAUGCAACAAUGUAGGAGUUCGACAUGAAUGUUCACCGCAACAAAGUGAAGCACUGAUGGUGUUAAAGCAGACUGGUUCAAUCAGCAGCAGCAGUAGUCGUCGUUGUUGUUGUAUGAGUCCUCUGUCAAUCACAUUUUUCUGGCGACAAAGGUUUCUGCUAGGAUUGAAGGAAGAACUGCGAGCAGCAGAUAGCAACUACCGUUAAUGUUGCAGCCACAUAUGCUGAAGUAUAGGAGAACAAUUUGAGUCAUGCGAGACCUAGCAAACCAGUCUUAAGCAAAAACAGUUUUCAGAAACAGUCUUGCUAAGUCUCAGUCAACUGAGACUUCGUUAAGCCUCGGUCGAUGCUAUAUCCGUGAGAUCUUACAUUAAG